AUGAAGGACUUCCUCUCGCCUGCAUCGGAAAUCGAGGCGAGGGCAGCGGGGAUCCAGGAAGGGGCGUUUUCUGGCAGCGCCUCUGGCGGUCGAUCCCGAGGCCCGCGGCCGGGGCAGGUCGGGGGAGAGGGCGGAAACCCGCCCUUCUGCUGGGAAAAGGCUGCCCGGGGCUCCCGGAGCCGCCAGUGCAGAGAGGCUGGCAGGCAGCCCCCGAAUGACGCGGAGUCGCCGGACCUCCUCCGGGCUCGGAUUCCUUCAGAGGGAAUUCUCAGCUAUGUGACAUCUCUCUCCCUGGCAAUGGACAUCCUGUGGAUCCUGACGCUUACCCUUCUCCUGCCAACUUGUUCUGCUUCAUACAAAGACCCCACCUGGCUCCAAAAGGAGGAAGAUCUCGUAGUCCAGCAAUACGCCACUCUAGAACUUGCCGAAGUGCUCUUGAAGUGCCCUGCCCCCGGAGGUGUAUCCACAGUGGAAUGGCGAGCGAACCACACAGCAGGGCCCAUUUGGAAAGCGUCAGUGCGAGAAGAUGGCAGCCUGGCCCUGCGGAAUGUCAGCCUGGCUCAGGAGGCAGAAUACAGCUGCCACGAUCCCACGACAGGACGGGCGCUGCACAGAGUCUACCUGAACCUGGGCUAUCCCCCCGAGAAACCUUCUAUCCAGUGCUUUGCCACCAGCUACGCCAGUCCUAUCAACUGCACCUGGAAACUGGAAACAGAGACUCACUUGGACACGUCGUUCGUCACCACGUAUCGGCACGGCAUGGACGGAGAGGAGCACGAGUGCGUGCGAGCAAGUUCGGGAGCCGACAGCUGCUCCAUUGCUGAUGUGCAGCUGUUCUCCGUCGUCCCCUACGUGCUGAACGUGACCGCAGUGAACCCCCUGGGGACCAGCACCAGCCUCUUCCCCUUCCUCAUGAACCAGAUCAUCAAGCCGGAUCCUCCGGAAGACUUGAAGGUUUCCACGAUCCCAAGAGAGAGUCGGAAGCUGCGUUUGGACUGGAAGCCUCCCAGUUCCUGGCUGUUUCUCGAGUACUUCCCCCUCAAGUAUGUGAUCCGUUACUCGAGGAAUGGGACCAACAGCAGCAAAAUGACCAGGCCUUCGGAGCAAACUUCUUUCGUUUUGACUGGGAUCCGUCCAGGAGCCACGUACCACGUCCAGGUGGCCACUAAAGACUACCUCGAUAAUGGCGAAUACAGUGCCUGGAGUCCCCCAGCAUCUGGAACAGCCUGGAUGCCAGAGUGAUGGGCGCUGAGGGCACCUCCCAUCUCAGGGCUCCUGUGUCUGUCCAUUCCCCCCUGCACAGGCACAGCCAAGGCCGCUGUCUGUGAUUUUGUCUGUGCGGGAACCACAGGAAGGUUGACCUGAGAAAAUCCGUCCAGUUUUCUUCCCUUCUCUCUGUCCAACAAGUUUCUAGACUCUCUGGUCCCGGAGCUACAUGUUUCUAAACGGGCAAGCAGUGUUCAGCAUUCAGGGGCAAGUGCCACGUGUGGAACUGAUAGAUACAGCAGCAUCGGCCACCAAAGUGUGCCAUCUUUUACAGACAGCAAUAAAAUUGCUU